GUUAAUUUGCCGUGAUUGCGUAAUAUUGUGCUUAAUACCCAAAGUGAAUUACAUUAUCAUCUGUAGGCCUACCCGUGUGCUAUUAAAACUUUUUGCCCCCUUUUUAUUAUUUCUUUACAGGCCACAGUGCCCUGCCCACCCACAAUCCAAAACCUCCGACAACCAGUUUAUGGGAGGGACCAGCCUUUCAACAUUUAACCACUGCGCAGCAAGAGGCCAAGACGCGCUAUGAGUAAGAGGGCUUUUUAAACCUGGAAUUACUUGAGGCUACAUUGCGCUACGUAUGGGGAACAAUAUUUUCUCUUGAAAAAACAUCCAAAUGGCAAUAGUUAGGGCCUAAUAGUUUUUCCACUGGACUUGUAUGAUGGAUCUCGGUGACUCUUUUGGUUGCUUACUUUUUGGAUACUCUCAGGAAGACCUUCACACUUCAACACACCUGCUGUAAUUGGAGUAUAGAUAGGCCUACCAUUUUCCUCAUAUGCGUACCAUGAUGUGUUUCUCCUAAACACGUUGAAGAAGGUGUUUCACAUCUGAAAGUUGGUGUGUGAAUGGAAUAAAACUCCUAAACAAACAAGGGACACAGAGUGGACAGGUCAAGCGGAUAUCCGAAACCAGGGGACUCUGUUGGAUUACUUUGGAUCCGUUGGUCUCUUGCUCUCCGUGAAGAAAUACAUUUGCAAUUGGAUUACAUAACAAGAGAAUGUAUGGAAUAAAUCAGCGCUGUAUUUACAUAUCUUUUCAUUUCUUCGUGCUGUGGUGCCAUGCUCAGGGGGAGAAUCACCCGUCUCCUAAUUUUAACCAGUAUGUGAGGGAGCAGGGCGCAGUGACGGACCAGUUUAGCCGGCGACAGGUCAGGGUUUACCAACUAUACAGCCGGACCAGCGGGAAGCACGUCCAGAUACAGGGCAAGAGGGUCACUGCUACUGCUGAGGACGGCAACAAUUACGCACGUCUCUUUGUAGAAACGGACACCUUUGGCAGUCGGGUUCGGAUCAAAGGUGCAGAGAGUGGACGUUACCUCUGUAUGAACGGGAAGGGGAAACUAGUUGGAAAGCUUAAUGGAAGAAGCAGGGAUUGUAUCUUCACAGAGAUUGUUCUGGAGAACAAUUACACUGCCUUCCAGAAUGCCAAGUAUGAGGGUUGGUAUGUGGCUUUCACCAGGAAAGGGAGACCCAUCAAAGCCUCAAAGACGAGGGAGAACCAGAGAGAGGUCCAUUUCAUCAAGAGGCUACACAAGGGCCCACUACCUUUCCCCAACAUGGAUAGAAUCAAACACUUUGAGUUCAUCAGUUUUCCCCCCACCCGUCGCGCGAAACGGAACAGGAAAUCACAGGCUGCUGCCUAGUACAACACAAAUUGGACUCAUAUUAUUGAGUAAAAAUAUGGAACUUUAUAUUUUUAAUACGUGAGGAUACUUAAAAUGCUCAAAAGUCUAAAGGAUUAUUGUUGUUGUAAAAUGAUCCCAUGUAAAUAAUGUAAGAGAGUAAAUGAGAUUGAUGUAUAUAUUUAAUAUGACUGUGUGUAUGUGUUUUAUUUACCUUUUGGAGUGGUGACGCGACAGAGAGGAAAUAGGUACAUUAAUAAACAUGUUCAACUUGGUUUGCACAAAACUUAAGCGUGACAAAUGCAACAUCUUACCAUUA